GACAGACUUGUAAUGUAGCUCAUCCUUGUUAAGGUCGUCUCAAUAGUUAAUGAACGAAUCUAUGGUAAUAAGAAUUUGUGUAGUAAUUUCCAAUGCUCAGAAAACAAACGCGUAUUAAUUUUUCAGAGAGUUUUUGAAAUUUAUUUUGGUAUCAUCAUAGAUAUCAUUAUACUAUCACACUCCAAUAAUCAUACCACAACAAGCAUGACUUCAAUCUUACUUGGUAACAAAGGUGGCAAACAUCUAGAUCAAUAUGAACAAGAAAGAUUAGAUCAUACCCCCUGGGUUGAGAAAUAUAGACCUCGUAAAUUAGAUGAAGUUGCGUCUCAAGAUCAUGCUGUUAAAGUCUUACAAAAGACGAUAGAAUCAGCCAAUUUACCUCAUAUGUUAUUCUAUGGACCUCCUGGGACCGGUAAGACCAGUACUAUAUUGGCCUUAAGUAAGCAAUUAUACGGUCCUAAUUUAUAUAAGACUCGUGUGUUGGAAUUGAAUGCAUCUGAUGAAAGAGGGAUUUCGAUUGUUAGAGAGAAGAUUAAGAAUUUUGCUCGAUUAACGGUAUCUAAUCCUACUGCUGAUGAUUUGGAAAAGUAUCCUUGUCCUCCUUAUAAGAUCAUUAUCCUUGAUGAAGCUGAUUCGAUGACUAAUGAUGCUCAAUCUGCAUUAAGAAGAACGAUGGAGACUUAUUCUGGAGUUACUCGAUUUUGUUUGAUUUGUAAUUAUAUCACGAGGAUUAUUGAUCCUUUAGCAUCGAGAUGUUCAAAGUUUAGAUUCAAGUCACUUAAUAAUGAUAAUGCUUUGAAUCGUUUGAAAUAUGUUGCUGAUCAAGAACACAUUCAAUUAAAUAAAGAUGAAGAUGUCUUACAGGAAGUAUUAAAGAUUUCCAAUGGGGAUUUAAGAAAAGCUAUUACAAUCUUACAAUCAGCUACCAAGUUAAGUAAUUCAUUAUUGGAAAUAGUUGAUGUUGAUAUGGAUAGUGGUGAAAGUGAAUCGGUGAAAGGGGGAGAGAUCACCAUUGGAUCAAUUCAAGAAAUCGCUGGGGUUAUACCAGAAGAAAUAAUUUCAAAAUUAAGUGAAAUCAUUAAAUCUAAAAAUACAAAAUUAAUAAUUUCUCAAAUCAAUGAAUUAAUAUUGAAUGGUAGAAGUGGUCAACAAGUGAUUGAUCAAUUACAUGAUCAAUUCAUAUUGGAUGAUACGCUUAAUGCUCAUGAAAAGAAUCAAAUUUCAAAGAUUCUUUUCGAAAUUGAUAAACGUUUAAAUAAUGGUACUGAUGAACAUAUUCAAUUAUUAAAUGUUUGUCUCCAAAUAUCAAAAGUAGUUUAACACUGUAUAAAACACGUAUAUUAUAUAUAAUACUAAAUGAAUG